UUCGCCACCGUCCACGGCGGCCAUCGCUGCCGUGGCCGCGACGCUCCACUUCACUCCUUGACCCACCCACCCACCCCACCCAAACCCAGCCCAACCUCGCCGCCGACCCCUUCCGCUCCCCAACCAGGCGUCCAGGCCACGCCGCGGCUGGGGCAGCGGCCAGCGAUCGGCGAUCCAUGGCCGUCCCCUCCGCCGACCGCAAGCGGCGCCCCUUCCUCCUCUCGGUCUCCCUCUUCCCCCUCCCGCCCCUCCCGCCUCUCCGCCCCCUCCCCCUAUCUUCCUCACCAGCAGCACAGCCCAACCCCAGUUCCCACCCCCGGAGGCUCGUCCGACCCGCAACCAAACGGCCCAGCCGCUGCCGCUGCAAAAUCAGAUGUCAAAGCCGACGCAUCGCGGCCGAACGCCCCCGUCACCGUCGCAGGGGGCAGUGGACCCAGCGACCCGUCGCGGUCAGUCGACGACAGCAGCCACCCGGCGGCAGUCGACGUGGAUGCCACAGCCGUCGACGCGGCGGGAGUGGAUGGCGGCGAGGCUGAGGACGACGGCGCGGUGGCGGAGGUGAGGUGGGAGACGUGCAAGGUCAGGAGGGGGGUGUCGGCCACGGACUACAUCCCGUGCCUCGACAACAUCAGGGCAAUCAAGGCGCUGCGCUCCAGGCGGCACAUGGAGCACCGGGAGCGCCACUGCCCCGCGCCGCCGCCCAGGUGCCUGGUGCGGAUGCCCUCUGGGUACCGGCUCCCCGUGCCGUGGCCGCGCAGCCGUGACAUGAUUUGGUACAACAAUGUUCCUCAUCCAAAACUGGUGGAAUAUAAGAAGGAUCAGAAUUGGGUUACAAAGUCUGGUGAUUAUCUUGUUUUCCCCGGAGGCGGAACUCAGUUCAAAGAUGGUGUUGCAAGAUACAUAGAGUUUGUAGAACAGAUAAUGCCGACCAUUCAAUGGGGAACACAUACAAGAACUGUCCUGGAUGUUGGAUGUGGUGUUGCUAGCUUUGGUGGAUACCUGCUUGAUAGGAAUGUCAUUACUAUGUCAUUGGCCCCUAAAGAUGAGCAUGAAGCUCAGAUACAGUUUGCAUUAGAGCGUGGAAUUCCAGCAUUUCUAGGAGUAAUUGGAACUCAAAAGCUCCCUUUCCCUGAUAAUGCAUUUGAUGUUGUCCAUUGUGCAAGGUGCAGGGUCCAUUGGUAUGCGAAUGGUGGAAAACCACUACUGGAGCUUAACAGAGUGCUAAGGCCUGGAGGAUUUUUCGUUUGGUCUGCAACACCUGUCUAUCGCAAAGAACAAAGAGAUCAAGAUGACUGGAAUGCAAUGGUUACUCUGACCAAAUCAAUGUGCUGGAGGACGGUUGUAAAAUCUGAAGAUAUUAAUGGAAUUGGUGUUGUUAUAUAUCAAAAACCAACCUCAAAUUCUUGCUACCUUGAGAGGAAAACUAAUGAACCCCUCCUGUGUUCCAAGAAAGAUGGAUCACGUUUUCCUUGGUACGCUCCUCUUGAUAGUUGCAUUUUGCCAACUGCUGUUUCCAGUUCAGAUGAAACAAGCAACUCUCCCCUUGUGUGGCCUGAAAGGCUUAUCAGAUACGCAAGUGUGCCUGAUGAUUCUGCUACUAUCGAAAAGUUUGAUGCUGAUACAAAAUAUUGGAAACAAGUCAUUUCAGAAGUAUAUUAUAAUGACUUUCCAGUUAAUUGGUCAAGUGUCCGUAAUGUAAUGGACAUGAAUGCUGGUUAUGGAGGGUUUGCAGCAGCACUUGUUGAUAAACCAUUAUGGGUUAUGAAUGUGGUACCUAUUGACCAGCCAGAUACCUUGCCAGUUAUUUUUAGCAGAGGUUUGAUUGGGGUAUAUCAUGAUUGGUGCGAAUCUUUCAACACAUACCCAAGGACCUAUGAUGUUCUUCACAUGAGUGAUCUCCUUGGAAGUCUUACAAAGAGGUGUGACAUCCUUGAAGUAGCAGCCGAAGUCGACCGGAUAUUGAGGCCUGGCGGAUGGUUGGUGCUGAAAGACACCAUGGACAUGAUAAAAAAGAUGCGCCCGGUUCUUCGCUCUCUGCACUAUGAGACCGUAAUCGUGAAGCGGCAAUUCCUUGUCGGUAAAAAGACUUUCUGGCGUCCCAGGCGAUAAAGCUGACAUGGACCAAACUUCUAAGGGAGUCAACCAAAGCACUAAGAUUCUGUUGAUUCUUUGAGUUCUGACCUGAUCAAUUGUUUAUACAACAGAGAUGUGAUUUGGUCGGGGUCCAAGGAAGCCCUGAGGUUUUCGGUGGUAUAGGUACACACUUGUGCAGUCUUCUGUGCCGAUUCUUUUUCCCUGCCAAAGCAAAGCAAAACGAUAGGGAUGGUAUAGUUGUAUAAUCUAGUGCUAACAGAUGCAUACAAAGUGGAUACAGGAUCAUCUUUUGUAUACUUGUUCAACGAAAUUAUUUUUGUACAUUGAACAAUAAAGAUUUUGAAGCAUGUAGGAAAAUAUGGGCCCCUUCCUUUCUUCUA